AAAAGAACCCCGGCGGACCGUUAGGAGGCAGCGAGCAUCUCGAUCUCUUUACUGCCACCUAAUGGUUGCCCGGAUUUUUUGCAAGCCAGAUGUGGUGGGCUAAAGUUGUGAACUUGACGAAAUAACUGUCAUCUGCACGUUGGAAAGCAUCGGCUCUGGUUUCUUUUUAAAACGGUUGCAGAGUCAAGAUGGCCUCCCAACGGAUGACACGGGAGUCUUUUGAUGCGAUCAUGCAGGCCAACGCAAAACGGUAUCUGGACCGAAGUGAUCCAAUCGACGAGGCGCUUCAUCAACUUAGAGUUCACUCCCGGCCAGUCACACGGGCCCAGUAUGACGAGGAGGAGGAAGAAUUUCAAGACGGCGGGACGUUCCUGCGGGGUGACUGGAGGAAAAGUGCUAGAAAUGAAUACUCGCUGCCUUCCUACAGGUCCAGCAGCCAUGUCACCGAGGAGGAGGAGGAUUACUUUUCCAAAAGCAGCAGCAAACUCUCUUCACGGAAUCGGGACUACGGCCAGCUGCCUUCGUAUGAACAAGACUAUGGAAAUUCAUCUGCACUGGAAAGAGAUUACGCUGGCCCGUCUUCCCGGGAUCGAGACUAUGACAGUGCUGCCUCCCGGGAACGGAAAUACGGCUGCACGCCUGUUCGAGACCUUUCCAGACGCCGCGAGGCCGACUACGAUUCCGCAGAACUGUUGGGCGACUUCAGAUCACCGCGGCUUCUGGAAGAGAACUACAGGACUGCCUGUAGUCAGAAUUACGACCUGGAGCGGGGUCUUGAGACGGAGGGAGAAUUCAGCUCUUCUUUGAGUGCCGGGAGGGGAAUAGAGAAACAUGGGAUGGCAACCAGAGGCCUGGCCACAAGUAAGGAGGAGUUGGCUGCUCAUCUCAAGAAAUGGGCCACGAAAGCUUUGUCCCCAGCAGAUGAUCUUCUGUUAAAUAUGGUGGGUCCCUCCAAGCAAAGGACCCUACCUUCUCUGCGCCCCCAACAAAGCCAAAGGCUGUGUCUGGCCUCUCAAAAGGGACUACAGCCAGAGGGAGCUCUGAAACCUACAGGCUACGUCCGGAUCAAAGAGCCAGACUUGGAUCUUCUAGAUACUUCUGAUAUUUUUGGCAAUUUUGGGGUGGAGAUAAUCAAGUGGGCCGGGUUCUGUGAAAUUAAGAGAGACCCGGAGUAUUCAGAGCUUUUCCAGGUGCUCUUCACCUUAGAGACGGAGACCUGUGCCAAAAUGCUGGCAUCGUUCAAGUGCUCGCUGAAAACCGAGCACCAAGAUUUCUGUAUGAACAGCGUCAAGACGCUGCAGCACCCGGCUCUGAAAACACCUAAAGUGGACAGCCAGUUUCUGAACCUGCUGUUGGAGAAAAGGGUGAUGAUGACCAAGAACAGCUUUUUUGAGGUCAUUAAGCCUUUUGACCGGUAUAUGAUGCGGCUCCAGGACUACCUGCUCAGGAGCACGACGCCUCUGCUGAUGGCCUGUAACGCCUAUGAGCUCAAAAUCAAGACGAACAGCUUCAGCAACACCAGGAAGAUGGCCGCCGCUUUUCAGACCACGAUGUCCCUCUGCCGAAAAUCCUUGGCCCUCCUGGGGCAAACCUUCGCCCUGGCCUCUGCUUUCAGGCAGGAAAAAAUCCUGGAGGCCCUCAGCAUCCAGGAUUCGGCCCCUCCUCCCACCUUGUUCCCCAAUUUUGACACUUCUGCCUUGUUUGGAAAAGAGUAUAUCGAAACUUUGCAAAGUUGGUUGCAGAAAAGUGGCUGCCAGAUGCAGUUAAAGAGACCAGCUGCCAGCCCUCCAGCUCAGGCCCCACAACGUGCUGAUAGGAAAGUCGUGGAGACGAUUGACAAACUGGUGAAAACGAUGGUUUCUGGCAUGUUAACAGGGAAAGAGAAGGCCGAACUGAAACAUAACCCGGAGUAUUGGUUUCUGCUUGAAGAGGAAAGCCUUGAAUACAAGUAUUAUAAGCUGAAGCUGGAGGAGACGGAGAGGCUUACGUCUGCACCCAAGGAAGAAAUCAAAGACAAGAAGACCCCCGAGCAGCAAAUCUCAGAAGCUGUGAAGAUUCUUUUGUACAGGAGGAAAGUAGCAAGGAUCAAGAAGAAGCUCUUUCAGAGGAGAAGGCCCGGGAUCCUGCAAAGGGCCGCGAGGUCCAGAAGAGCCAGGAGGUCCACAACUGGGACCCAGACGCUCUUGUCUGCCGGGUCGAUGCUGAAGCAGCAAGCAGCAGGCACACCGGUGUCCAGUCCCCACAGUGACAAACCCAACAGCGAUCAGGCAGAGACGCAGCCCCUAAAAGAAACCUCAGGGGAAACGGACUCACCGAGGCUUUCUGAAAAUUCCCCGUCUUUGAUGAGCCAAUUCCCUGACGUGGACCCUAAAGUCAUGGUAACUGCUCAGAAGCUGGCUGAAUUUGUUGCCGAGGUUGGGCCGGAAAUCGAGCAGUUCAGCAUCGAUAACAGUGCCGAUAAUCCAGACCUGUUAUUUCUGCAGGAUCCAGAGAGUUCUGCCUUCAAGUUUUAUCGCAUGAAAGUCCAUGAAUUAUGCCCUUCUAUCACCUUCGGUGGUGGGCAGGGAUCUGGUGACCUCCACGAAGGGUCUGAACCAAAGGAAAGUGAAUGGGGAAACCUGGAGGAGGAGGAGGAAGAGGACGAGGAAGAAGAAGAGGAAGACGAGGAAGAAGAAGAAGAAGAGGAGGCUCCCCAAGCUGAAAUGGAAGAUGAAGAGGGAGAUGAGGAGGAGGAGGAAGCUACAGGGCCAGCCGAGGAGCCAGAAGAGGCCAUGUUGGAAGAGGGGCUUAUGCAAGGGGACCAGUCCAAGACAGCUGAAGAAGGACAGACCAGCAGCACAGCCACAGGUGCCCUUUCAGAGUCACUGGCACAGGGACCCACGCAGGGCACCCACUUUGGGCGCAAGAGAAUCAGUAGCAAAUCCCUGAAAGUGGGUGUGAUUCCAGCAUCGAAGAGAGUAUGUCUCAUAGACGAACCAACAGUACAUGAUCCGGUGCGGAUCUCUUACGAUCGACCUCGUGGCUAUGCAUCAUAUAAAAAUAAGAAGCAACAGAAAACAAAGGAUUUGGAAUUCUAUAAUAAGAGACUAAAUGAGAAGAACAUUGGCUUCCAAAUACUUCAAAAAAUGGGUUGGCAAGAAGGGCGUGGCCUCGGGUUACAUGGCAAAGGCAUCCAGGAACCUGUCAAAGUGGGCUCUACCUCGGCAGGGGAGGGCUUGGGUGUUGCAGGAAAGAACAAAGAGGAUACCUUUGCUACGUUCCGUCAGAGAAUGAUCCAGAUGUACUAUAUGAAAAGAGCCAAUAAAUAGUUUUCCAGGCUCUCUGAUAACGAAGAUUAGAAGCAUCCAAGAACAUUUUUCACUCCCGUCACUAGGGUGUCUCUCUCUUCUGUGUCAAUUUUGGUUUGGAAUGUUUGGAUUUUUGAAGUCCUCAGUCAGAUAUUUUUCCUUUCUUCUUGUAAAACCUAUCAGUAUUGACCAGUAAUGAAUAGCAAAUUGUUAGCCAAUGAUUGAUCUUAACGUUUCUUUUAAAAUAUCUUAAUGGCAUGUAAUCCUUUUAUCAAGAUCUACAAUAAAAAAAUCAGUAG